AUGAAGUGGGUCGUCGAAUCGUCUCCGGCGGCUGUCACCCAGCGGAGCGGAAAAACGGCGACUUUGCGGCUCUCUGGCGACUGUCACUCGACGGAGAGGAGCCGGAUGGAGGUGGGGCGCGUGUUAGGGAGCUUCAUCCUUAGGUCCGCGCAGCAAGAGGAGGCUCUUCAUCGCAUCUGGUACGCUCUCAGGAGGUGGCGACUGGUCUCCCGGCGGAUCGUCCUCUUCCUGACGAUGGCUUGUUCAUCGAUCAAUCGGAGAUGAUUUACUCGAUGGAUUCACGAUCCUUUUAUCGCGAAUCGUUCAGCAAUUUUAGUAGCAAUGCUCCGCGAAUCGCGUUGAUGAGAUUUUGCCGAUGGUCCAGCGAUUCUCGUUGCUAAAUCCUUCCCCGGUGAUUUGCAGGAAAGUCACGAUAAUCAAAUAAAAAUAUAUGAAUUUUGACUCUAGAAGGAUUCGAACCCGCGCCGGUCGCCCGCCUCUUCUGAGGAAGGUGUGAGGAGCGUUUAGUCCCACAUCGGUUGUACGCCGAUUUUUCGGGCAAAUAUAUAGUAAUGUUAGCUUUGAGCAAAGUCCCUUCUCUCGCAUGUAUGACUACUCCUUGCCCCACAGCCGGCUGGCCACCGGUGACGUGGAAGGGGAGUGGCGUACACGUGCCCUGUCGGUCCCCAAGCCAAGCCACUCGAGCCCCUGCUCGCGGGUUACUCCCCGACUGCGCUUCCGACCCACUUGCGGGCACGGCUGGCUGGCGGGUCCCCCCAUUUUUGCAAUAUUUUUAUUUUUAUUUCUUGUUCUUCAUUUAUCUCAAAAGUAAGACUGUAAAAAUCAUAUAAAAUCACAUAAUUACCCAAAAAUUCACGUUAAUCAAUUGAAAACCAAAAAUCAUUCUUUAACACAAAUAUAAGUCUAUUUAUCAUGAGUUAAGGCUAAAACUAUAUUAUUUACUAAUUAUUAACUCAUGAUAAUGAAGACUUAUCACAUAUCAAGAGCAUUGUGAGUCUUGCUAGCCCGUGAGCCCCUAUAGUGAUCCAUAUGAUCACUAGUAGCUCGAUUACGAUCAUCGUCGAGGGAAUCUUUGUCGCCGCGACGCAUCAUGUCAUGACGAUGGCCACAAUCAAUUGGGCGAUAGUUGGCCAUAGGAUACUUAUGAUUGCCGUGAGCCGGUCUACCCUACUCGUAAGGACGAUCUCCCACAUUCGCCGUCACCACCACCCCGACCCCACUACGAGGACUAUUGACCCCACGGACGUGACCAAGGACAUGACAAGAGAGACCUUUUGGGUUACAGAGCUGACCCUUCCUGACGAGAGGAGCUCGAUCAACGAGCAGAGCAUCAGUCACGAGAUCGCGAUGAUUCCUACUGUGACUACCAACAUACUCUAGACUUUCACUGAGCACCCAAGAUGCCCACUAGGAUUAUUACUACAAUCAAGGGUGUUACUCGAGUCCUCCUCACCAUGACUUUGGUGGUGACCAUAAGACCGAUUGAUUGGAUGAUCAGGACAGGCAACGUGAGGAUCACAGGGCCCGCAUACUAA